CGACGGCUCGCGGCGAGCCCGGGAGUGAUGGCCAGGCUCCGGCCGGCCGCCCGCGCCUGAGGCGCCCCGCCCCGCCCCGCCCCGCCCUGCUCCCCGCCCGCCGCUGCCGGGCGCUUCCUAGUCCGCGCGGGCGGCCGCCCAGGCGAGGUGCGGCCUCCGCACAGGCGGGGGGCGUCGGCUCGCGGGAGCAGCCAUGGCCGCGUCCGAGCUCUACACAAAGUUUGCCAGGGUUUGGAUACCUGAUCCUGAGGAAGUUUGGAAGUCAGCAGAACUGCUCAGAGAUUAUAAACCAGGAGAUAAAGUCCUCCUGCUUCACCUGGAAGAAGGAAAAGAUUUGGAAUACCGUCUAGAUCCAAAGACCAAGGAGCUGCCUCACUUGCGAAACCCUGACAUACUUGUUGGUGAAAAUGACCUCACAGCCCUCAGCUAUCUCCAUGAGCCUGCUGUGCUCCAUAAUCUCAGAGUCCGCUUUAUUGAUUCCAAACUUAUUUAUACAUAUUGUGGUAUAGUCCUAGUAGCUAUAAAUCCCUAUGAACAGCUACCUAUUUAUGGAGAAGAUAUUAUUAAUGCAUACAGUGGUCAGAACAUGGGUGAUAUGGAUCCACAUAUCUUUGCAGUAGCUGAAGAAGCUUACAAGCAAAUGGCCAGAGAUGAAAGAAAUCAGUCCAUCAUCGUAAGUGGAGAGUCUGGGGCAGGAAAAACAGUCUCAGCUAAGUAUGCCAUGCGAUACUUUGCAACUGUAAGUGGUUCCGCCAGUGAGGCCAAUGUUGAGGAAAAGGUCUUGGCCUCCAACCCCAUCAUGGAGUCAAUUGGAAAUGCUAAAACAACCAGGAAUGAUAAUAGCAGCCGUUUUGGGAAGUAUAUUGAGAUUGGCUUUGAUAAGAGGUAUCGAAUCAUUGGUGCCAAUAUGAGAACUUACCUUUUAGAGAAAUCCAGAGUGGUGUUCCAGGCAGAAGAGGAGAGAAACUAUCACAUCUUCUAUCAGCUUUGUGCCUCAGCAAAGUUACCUGAAUUUAAAAUGCUGCGAUUAGUAAAUGCAGAUAACUUUCAUUACACGAAGCAAGGAGGCAGUCCUGUGAUUGAAGGAGUGGAUGAUGCAAAGGAGAUGGCACAUACCAGGCAGGCCUGCACUUUGCUGGGAAUUAGUGAAUCUUAUCAAAUGGGAAUUUUCCGAAUACUUGCUGGCAUUCUUCACUUAGGCAAUGUCGGAUUUACAUCUCGAGAUUCAGAUAGCUGCACAAUACCUCCUAAGCAUGAACCGCUCAUCAUCUUUUGCGACCUCAUGGGUGUGGACUAUGAGGAGAUGUGUCACUGGCUGUGCCAUCGGAAGCUGGCUACUACCACAGAAACAUACAUCAAGCCCAUCUCCAAGUUGCAGGCCACGAAUGCCCGCGAUGCUUUGGCCAAGCACAUCUAUGCCAAGCUCUUUAACUGGAUUGUAGAUCAUGUCAAUCAGGCUCUCCACUCUGCUGUCAGACAGCACUCUUUUAUUGGUGUACUGGACAUUUAUGGAUUUGAAACAUUUGAGAUAAACAGUUUUGAACAGUUUUGCAUAAAUUAUGCAAAUGAAAAACUGCAGCAACAAUUCAAUAUGCAUGUCUUCAAAUUAGAACAAGAGGAGUAUAUGAAGGAACAAAUUCCAUGGACACUUAUAGAUUUUUAUGAUAAUCAACCUUGUAUUAAUCUUAUAGAAUCUAAACUGGGUAUUCUAGAUUUGCUGGAUGAAGAAUGCAAGAUGCCUAAGGGUACAGAUGACACUUGGGCCCAAAAAUUGUACAACACACAUUUGAACAAAUGUGCUCUUUUUGAAAAGCCUCGUCUAUCAAAUAAAGCGUUCAUCAUCCAGCAUUUUGCUGACAAGGUGGAAUACCAAUGUGAAGGCUUUCUUGAAAAGAAUAAAGACACCGUUUUUGAAGAACAAAUUAAAGUUCUUAAAUCAAGCAAGUUUAAGAUGUUACCAGAACUAUUUCAAGAUGAUGAGAAGGCCAUCAGUCCAACCUCAGCCAUCUCUUCAGGGCGCGUACCUCUCACCCGUGUUUCUUCCAAGCCUACCAAAGGCAAACCAGGCCAGAUGGCCAAAGAGCACAAGAAGACGGUGGGGCACCAGUUCCGAAACUCCCUUCACCUGCUUAUGGAGACACUCAAUGCUACCACCCCUCACUAUGUGCGCUGUAUUAAGCCUAAUGACUUCAAGUUCCCAUUCACGUUUGAUGAGAAGAGGGCAGUGCAGCAACUGAGAGCAUGCGGUGUCCUGGAAACCAUCCGAAUCAGCGCAGCAGGCUUCCCCUCACGGUGGACUUACCAAGAAUUUUUCAGCCGCUACCGUGUCCUAAUGAAGCAAAAAGAUGUGCUGAGUGACAGAAAGCAAACAUGCAAGAAUGUCUUAGAGAAACUGAUAGUGGACCAGGACAAAUACCAGUUUGGUAAGACAAAGAUCUUUUUCCGUGCCGGUCAAGUGGCCUAUCUAGAAAAAUUAAGAGCAGACAAACUGAGGGCUGCCUGCAUCCGGAUCCAAAAGACCAUCCGAGGGUGGCUGCUGAGGAAGAAGUACCUACGGAUGCGGAGGGCGGCCAUCACUGUGCAGAGAUACGUGCGGGGCUACCAGGCCCGAUGCUAUGCUAAGUUUCUGCGCAGAACCAGGGCAGCAACCAUCAUUCAGAAGUACUGGCGCAUGUAUGUGGUCUGCAGAAGGUACAAGAUUAAACGAGCUGCCACUGUUGUUCUUCAGUCUUAUUUACGAGGCUAUUUAGCCAGAAAUAGGUAUCGUGAGAUGCUCCGCCAGCACAAAGCAGUCAUCAUUCAGAAGUGGGUCCGGGGCUGGCUGGCUCGCACACACUACAAGAGGAGCAUGCACGCCAUCAUCUACCUGCAGUGUUGCUUCCGGCGGAUGAUGGCCAAGCGUGAGCUAAAGAAGCUCAAAAUUGAGGCUCGCUCUGUGGAACGCUAUAAGAAGCUCCACAUCGGCAUGGAGAACAAGAUCAUGCAGCUGCAGCGCAAAGUUGACGAGCAGAACAAAGACUAUAAAUGCCUCCUGGAGAAACUGACCAAUCUAGAAGGAGUAUAUAAUUCUGAGACUGAGAAACUGCGAAGUGACUUAGAACGUCUUCAACUAAGUGAAGAGGAAGCUAAGAUCGCCACUGGGCGCAUCCUUAGUCUGCAGGAAGAAAUCGCCAAGCUCCGGAAAGACUUGGAACAAACUCAGUCAGAGAAAAAAUGCAUUGAGGAACGUGCAGAUAGGUAUAAACAAGAAACAGAGCAGCUGGUAUCAAAUCUGAAGGAAGAAAACACUUCGCUGAAGCAGGAAAAAGAAGCCCUCAAUCACCGCAUCGUGGAGCAGGCUAAGGAGAUGACAGAAACUAUGGAGAAGAAAUUGGUAGAAGAAACAAAACAACUAGAACUUGAUCUUAAUGAUGAAAGGCUGAGAUAUCAGAACCUUCUGAAUGAAUUCAGUCGCUUAGAAGAGCGAUAUGAUGAUCUCAAGGAAGAGAUGACCUUGAUGGUGAAUGUGCCUAAGCCUGGACACAAGAGAACUGAUUCCACUCACAGCAGCAAUGAGUCAGAAUAUACCUUCAGCUCUGAAAUUGCAGAAACAGAAGACAUUCUCUCGAGGACAGAGGAGCCAAGCGAGAAAAAGGUGCCUCUGGACAUGUCAUUAUUCCUCAAGCUCCAGAAGCGGGUCACAGAGCUGGAGCAGGAGAAGCAGGUGAUGCAGGAUGAGCUGGAUCGCAAGGAAGAGCUGGUGCUGCGCAGCAAGGCCAAGGAAGAAGAAAGACCACAAAUUAGAGGUGCAGAACUGGAAUAUGAGUCACUCAAGCGUCAAGAACUAGAAUCAGAAAAUAAAAAACUAAAAAAUGAGCUAAAUGAGUUACGCAAGGCCCUUAGUGAGAAGAGUGCCCCAGAGGUGACUGCUCCAGGUGCCCCUGCCUAUAGAGUCCUCAUGGAACAACUGACCUCUGUGAGUGAGGAGCUCGAUGUCCGCAAAGAGGAAGUCCUCAUCUUGAGGUCUCAGCUGGUGAGCCAGAAAGAGGCCAUCCAACCCAAGAAUACAAUGACAGAUUCCACAAUACUUUUGGAAGAUGUACAAAAAAUGAAAGAUAAAGGUGAAAUAGCACAAGCAUACAUUGGUUUGAAAGAAACAAAUAGAUCAUCUGCCAUGGAUUGUUGCCAUGAGUUGAAUGAGGAUGGAGAGCUGUGGCUGGUUUAUGAAGGGUUAAAACAAGCCAACAGACUCCUGGAAUCCCAGCUCCAGUCGCAGAAGAGGAGCCAUGAGAAUGAGGCCGAGGCCCUACGUGGGGAAAUCCAGAGCCUGAAGGAAGAGAACAACCGGCAGCAGCAGCUGCUGGCCCAGAACCUGCAGCUGCCCCCUGAGGCUCGCAUCGAGGCCAGCCUGCAGCAUGAGAUCACCCGGCUGACCAACGAGAACUUGUAUUUUGAGGAAUUAUAUGCAGAUGACCCUAAGAAGUAUCAAUCAUAUCGGAUUUCACUUUACAAACGGAUGAUUGAUUUGAUGGAACAACUUGAAAAACAAGAUAAGACUGUCCGGAAAUUGAAAAAACAACUGAAAGUAUUUGCCAAAAAAAUUGGUGAACUAGAAGUUGGCCAGAUGGAGAACAUAUCCCCAGGACAGAUCAUUGAUGAACCUAUCCGUCCAGUCAACAUUCCUAGGAAAGAAAAGGACUUCCAAGGAAUGCUGGAAUAUAAAAAGGAAGACGAGCAAAAACUUGUUAAGAACCUGAUUCUGGAACUGAAGCCACGUGGUGUAGCAGUCAAUUUGAUUCCAGGAUUACCAGCAUAUAUUCUGUUUAUGUGUGUUCGACAUGCUGACUACCUGAACGAUGAUCAGAAAGUAAGAUCAUUGCUUACAUCGACAAUUAACAGCAUCAAAAAAGUAUUGAAGAAAAGAGGUGAUGAUUUUGAAACCGUCUCCUUCUGGCUCUCUAACACAUGCCGAUUUUUGCACUGUUUGAAGCAGUACAGUGGAGAAGAGGGCUUUAUGAAGCACAACACGUCUCGCCAGAAUGAACACUGCCUCACCAAUUUUGACCUGGCUGAGUAUCGGCAGGUGCUGAGUGACUUGGCUAUUCAGAUCUACCAGCAGCUUGUGCGGGUGUUAGAGAACAUCCUUCAGCCCAUGAUCGUCUCAGGCAUGCUGGAACAUGAAACAAUUCAGGGCGUGUCUGGAGUGAAACCCACGGGGCUAAGAAAGCGAACCUCCAGUAUUGCCGACGAGGGCACCUACACACUGGACUCCAUUCUUCGGCAGCUCAAUUCCUUCCACUCAGUCAUGUGUCAGCACGGCAUGGACCCAGAGCUGAUCAAGCAGGUGGUCAAGCAGAUGUUCUACAUCGUGGGGGCUAUUACCCUGAACAACCUCCUCCUGCGGAAGGACAUGUGCUCCUGGAGUAAAGGCAUGCAGAUCAGAUAUAAUGUCAGUCAACUGGAAGAAUGGCUACGUGACAAGAAUCUGAUGAACAGUGGGGCUAAAGAAACUCUGGAACCUCUCAUUCAGGCUGCUCAGCUUUUGCAAGUGAAAAAGAAAACAGAUGAUGAUGCAGAAGCGAUUUGUUCCAUGUGCAAUGCUUUAACUACCGCCCAGAUUGUCAAGGUGUUGAAUUUGUACACUCCAGUUAACGAGUUUGAAGAAAGAGUCUCUGUAUCAUUUAUUCGUACUAUACAGAUGCGUUUACGAGACAGGAAAGAUUCUCCUCAGCUGCUCAUGGAUGCUAAACACAUCUUUCCUGUCACCUUCCCUUUUAACCCAUCCUCCCUCGCACUAGAAACGAUCCAGAUUCCAGCCAGCCUGGGCCUGGGAUUCAUCUCACGGGUCUGAAAGUGAUGUCCAGGCAAACAUUGACAGUACAUUCCUUGCCUGAAAUAAGAACCCAUUAUUUCUAGUGGGCAACUGAAAAUACAUUUUUAAAGAUAAAGUACUGAUAAUCUCCCAAACAAGAGGUUAGUAACUGGAAAUCUCCCCUGAAUGCUUUCAUCAUCUUGGAAACAAAGAUAGGCUCCUUUGUGCUGUGUUAUCUUUAUAGCAACUCUUCAUCCUCGAUCAGUUAGGUAUUCUGAGUUUACAUGCAGGUGAAUGAUGGAAGGGGAGGAGGGAGGGAGGGAGGAAAGGAGGAGGAAAAUGUGUCUUUAUCUGCCAGCAUUUAUUUUAAAUCCUUAACACUGCAUUUAAGGGGUAUAAAAAACACAGAUUAUAUAUGUGAGCUAUUGUUAGGAAGGCUGCAAGGAAGAACCUCCUCUGUGCUAAACAAAAGAAUUUAAAGAAAAGUCACCACUGAGUACAUAUCAUAUCAGCUUAGGAAUCAAUUAUGUUGAUAUUGUCAAACUGGAUCAAAAAAUAAACUGGCAAUAUGUGAAGUAAUUGGUCAAGUAACUUCCUUAUUUGUGUCACUGUAGAGAUAGUAAAUGAAUAUUGGUUUGCUAUAUAGCAUAGAUGUCCACUUACUGUAGUUUACUGAGCAUUUUAAAUUGCUGCUACAUACCGUCUUCUUAAAAUGUAAGCGAUAUUCUUAUUAGGCACUACAACAAUAAGCUUCGCUUUUAUCCACUCUGUUUACAAUUCAGUCAAAUCACAGUUUUAAAUGGAGUACAUGCAAAUAUCUAUGGAUUCACCUGCACAAGUAGCAGACACUGGAGAGUCAUAUAGUAAUGUGACAAAAUGCUUGACACUUAGGGGUAGGAUUAGACUAAGCGGCUACUGUUGAUGUCAUUACUUAUUCAGGAUGUGUUACAUUGAUGUGCUCAUUAACUUUCCCUGGUGGAUAGUGUGCCAGGCUACAGUGUUCUAGGAAGUGACUUAUCUUCAGUUACCAGAUCAGACUCCUGCAGUGCAUAGUUUCAACCUUAACAGGUUUUCUUUCUUCUUCUUAAUUUAUUAAGAAUUAAUCUCAGUUACUGUCUAGAAAAGAUCAUCAGAAUAUUCAUGAUUCAGGUAUCAAAACAUUGUCCUAUAAAUUAUGCAAAGAAGGUAUAUAAUAAAUAUUUAAUUAUAAUUCAGUUUUUAGGCUUUGCAACUUCUGUGUUCUCAGAUACCACUAGAUACUUAAAAAAGCAUCAUAUUAGGAAUAUUUUUAGAAAACUUAUAUAAGAAAUAUAAGAAGAUUAUUGAAUUUUACAAAGGAUUCGGUUCAGUUAGACCCAUAUUCUGUAAGUUUUCAUUCUGAAGUUGUAAUUAAACAUACUCACCAUUUUUUUCUAGAAAUCUUAUACAAUAAAUUAUUCAGAUUAUGCAAAAGCAAAUUCUUAGCUUUCAUGAGAAACUCUAGUUCUGAAUUACAAUCAUAGAUUAUAUAAUUUAACUAUCAGAUGGUCUAUAAAAAUGACAUAUCAAAUAUGUGCAAUAUUUAUAGAAGUCAAACAGUUUCAAAUCAGUGAUAAAGAUUGUUAUUAAAAGUUAAAUACUAUAACUUAUUUGGACCUCAGUUUCCUUGUUUAUAAAAAUAAGAGGGCUGGACAACUUAUUUUUAAGGUCCUUUCCACAUCUAACAUCCUCUCCUUUCAGCAUUUAGAUCCUAGAGAAAGAACUGCUGCUCAUCAGUAGGUCCGUCCUCUGGUGGAGAGACAAGUGUGUGUGCCUGUCAGUUCCUUAGGGUUAAUGAAAUGUAAAGUUGUAAGUUUGUGUAGCUGGAAACUUUCUUAAACAAACAUGAUUUGUGAUAUGUUUUUAGAAAGUCCUACUAUAUUUGUGUUAUUUGAAAAUUCAUUAGUUUAAGUAAUUUUUUAUUACAUCGUACACUCCUUUAUUCAGUUUGAAUUUAUUUAUUUGCAAUAUCCACUAAAAGCAUUACUGAUUCAAUCACAUUCUUUCAGUUUUCUCUGAUUGUCAAUGUGGUUUUCAGUAAACAAUUAAUCCUGUAACCAUUUGGUUAGUACUGAAUGUGUCAGAGUCUAACAGCAGAGAUGAGACAUAAGUGGGGGAGUUGCUAAGAAAAUGCACCCAUGGUAGGCUGCCCACCUCAGCCCCGGAAGUCCUCCAGAUCCUUCCCCCCACUUAGUCCUGUGUUGCCUGACCUACACAUUCCCUGAAUCUGUCAGAUCCUCGGGAUCAUGCUGUAGCUCCCUCUGCCAGGCAGCCCUUUUUCUUACUCCAGACAGCUCAGGUCCUGUGAUGUCUCUGGCCUGGGUCUUCCUCUCUCACCUGUCUCCUGUCUUUCUGCUGUUGCGUGCUGGAGCCACUGUCCCGCACCUGGGCCAGAGCUCCCACUGCUGCGUCAUGCAGUCUCCUGUUCAGUGAUGGUGGCACAAAGGCUCUGCUGCUGCAGGGCUCCAGCUUCCUCCAAAGCCAACCCAGAACCUCAGACAAAGAUCUGAAUUAACUUCUCUUGGUGGCCCGAACUAUUUCUAGUCAUGACAAGCAUACCUUUAAACCAGGGAACCUUAAGACCCAGUAAAUGGCUCUGUAUACUAGUAUCUUGAAGGUAUACAACAGUGGUUCUCAACCCAUGGGUCGCAACCUGCAGGAACUGAAUUAAAGGGCCACAGCAUUAGGAAGGUUGAGAAUCACUGGUAUACAAGAUUCUGCUGACCACGGGUACCUUUUGGCCAAUUUGAGGACUGUUUUCUGUCUUCCACAUUUUCGCACCCAGCUUCAGACACCUCUGCCAGCCUUUCCCCAGCCCAUUUAUUCACUCUCUUCUCCUUCCCUCAACUUAUUGUAUAUCCCACCCCCUGUAGACUUGCCUGCUGUCUCAGGUGGAUGGAGUCGUCCUCAGUUCUCCUGGUGGCCUUCUCACUUCUCUGCAGCACCUUCUUUAACAUUUUCACUAAUUGGCUCUUUCACAAUUCCUCUGUGCCACACAAUAAUAGGAAUUCAAAGGCAGAGAUCUUAAACGCCCCAACAUUUCUCUGUCUCUGCAGUCUUCUCCCCACUCACAUUACAAACAGACUUACCAGGGUCCCCUGGGUGAUGUCGAUUGUUUAGGGUAAAAGAGAGCAACAAUUCGUGUGUGACACUGACAGGGCCCUGUGGAAAGCAGUGCAGGGGCAGUACCUGGGCUUGGCUGUGCUUUCCCGCAGCACUCUCCUCUGCGUGAGCUCUCCUCACCCUCGCGGCGGCGUGGAUGGUAGACAGGGUAGCUUCUACAGUUCUUUGCUGGUGGUCUUAGAUGGAGACCAGGUCAGUGACCCACCUGAGGUCACACAGCCCUCAACCUGGGCACAUGUGAGGCAGGAGACUUUAAAAAGUCAGGAGGUCAUGUUCUGACCCUUCCAGUACCUGUGGGCUACCUAAGCCAGCAAGGGGUGCUCUUUUUCUUUAUCAGAGUUGUCAACUGGCAUGUGGGAAUUGAGCAAGUGCUGAGUACCAAAUUUUAUUUGUUCUAAGGCAACCAAGCACCCAGAGCCGGCUGGUUUUCUUUUUUAUCGUAACUACCUACUAUAACUAGGCUUGACUUUUGUCAUGAAUCAGUGCUCACUGGGAGGGUGCCGUAUUCUCUGGUUAGGCAUUGAUUAGUAGCAGGCUGUCAGAACCAAAAAAGACAGGAAGCAGUGCUAGCCUCUCUGAAGUUAAGAGGAAGGUCACUCUGCAUACACCCCUCAGAGUUCCUGGUAUAGCCACCAGGUGACUGCACAGCCUACAGAGAACCGGAGCCGCAGGCCACCCUUCCAAUUUAGGUCCUUAGCACAGAGGAGCCCAGGCCACUGGGCACUUCUGAGGGCCAUCCACCAGACAAGCCAGCUACAAGUCAGUGUGUAUGAGGACACUCCAAUGUGCGCAAAUUGCAGGUGUUGACCUUGGAGCUAGGAGGUGUGCUGUGCGCGUGCGCCAAAGAGGCUCUGUGUAUUGCCGUGGUCUCCGUGGUUAAGUGCGUUGCUGCUUGUUCUCAGGCUGUGCUGUGAGGGCCGCCUUAACCCUUGCUCCCUUCCCUUCUAGAGCUGCCUUAAGUUCUUCAGAACUUUUCCUCCAUAAGGGGUAUCUUGCCUAGAAGAAUAUCUUGCCCUAUUUCUCAAGGUUUUAUGAAGGUUUUGAUUGGGGGUGGCCUCCAACAACUAAUUCCUUUCCCCUCUUCCUGCAUGACUCCCCUCCUCUUGUUACUUUCUCCUUUCUUUUCUUUCCAAACAGGUAUUAGAAAUAUAAGGUCGCAACAAUCUGAGUGAACGAAAUGUGAGCUUAGAGAAUGUUCCUGAGUUAGUGGGACUCUGUGUCACAGUAACCAAAUAACAUAUGAAAGAAAUAUAGACAUAGGUUAGAUUCUUGGUAAUACUUAAAUGUCUUGUUUUCCACUAAUCUUUUCUUAAGAAAGGUAAAAGGUACAACUCUAAAACUUUUCGUGGACCUUGUUGGGCAUAUUUUUUCUAAGAGUACUAUAAAAGCUUGAGUUAAAACAGGAAUGAAUGCUUUAAGUUCUAAUCCAUCAUAUCACCCUAAAUUAAACAAACCAACCCAGAAUUACAAUAGACUUCUCAAUAGAUCAGGAAGUGAAAAAUAUUGUAUAAAAUAUCCUCCAAAAUGCAUUUUAUAUAUUUUUUAUUUUGUAUUAACUUCACUUGAUGGAUAUUAUUGGAUUCAUAAAGUAUCUAAUAAUUACUAUUGUAAUGGUUGAAAUAUUUGAAAGAAAAAUGAUGGGGUUUUUUUUAAUCGAAAUUGAUAUAUACUAAUCCAAUGCUUGGUAGCUCAGUACAUGUUCAUGCAUUUUUCAGAGUGAAUAGUUUCAAAUAUCUUAUUGUUGCCAUCUGUUAUAAAAUUUUAGCCUAUAUUCCAGGCUCUCUAAAUCAUUUGAGCUAUCAUGUUUUUCCAACAAAUGGUAAUUUUUUUAAAAAAAUGGAUAUGUAUGUUUCAUUUAUGAUUCCUAGUUAUGUAUUUCUGUAGGAUCACAGAGUAACAUUGAUUUUUUUUGCGUGUCUUUGGAAAAUUUCAAUUGCUCUAACAGUGUUGCACUGUUAAAACGAGCUCAUGACAUUUAACAUAUUGUAUUUUAAUUAACUUUAUUUAUUAAUUUGCUAUGAAAUUCACAUGCCUUUGAACUAUAAUGAAAUUAAACCUUGCAGUUUUUCAAAUAUUUUUCCUUGUUGGAUCUAAAGAAGGAAUUCUACUUUCAUCUGCACAUAAAAACAUGAUAUCAUCUUUGGAAAGUUCUUAAAUGAAAUAUUUAUCAUUAAAAAGGAAACAGAAAUACUGAGAAGUGAAAGGCAUUAUCAAGUCUUUAAGUCUGCUUUUAAACUGAACCCAUUCCAGCAUAUCUUACAUGAAAUUUUUAAAAAAUAAGUUAAUAAUUCACCUCAUAUCAACAAAAGCCUUUGAAACAUGGGUUUUCACUAGAUACCACCUAGUGCUAAGAUGAAAAACAAAACAAUAACAGAGUGAUAUUUAUGCUCUAAAUCUGUAAUUGUCUAAUGUUGUGCUUGGUAAAUGUGUGUCAUUAAUGCUGUGUUCUCCUAGCUAUUAUAGAAUAUUAUUUAAAUAAAGAUAUGGAUAUAAA